AUGCGUCGCUUGCAGUGCGGUCACCCUCUGAACGUCUUUCCCUUGGGCAACGCCUUCUUGGACGACAGUGCCCAGCAGCGUCGCAGCCAGGGCUUGGGCAACUUACAACGCCUGGGGGACGAACGGCUGCUGCAGCUCUUGCGGUGGCUGGACGUCAGCAGCCUGGGACGCUGCUGUCAAUGCAGCUGCAUGAUGCGGGGCUUUGCGGCGGCUGAAGAACUGUGGCAGCCGCUGGUGAUGAACCAAGUCCUGGCAGCUGCAGGGUCGGAAAAUUGCUGCAGGGAUGGUUUCAAUGGUUUCAGUUGGAAGGGCCGCACCUGGCGCGAGGCCUUCCUCCGCAGCCGUUCCGGGCCGCCGCCGCCGCGGACGGCGCGGACGCCGCGGAUCUACAGCGACGUGUUGUAUCGAGGUUUCUUCUACGCCGCCACGGAAUUGAACCCAUCGUGGCUGUCCACGGAGACCAUUCAACGAGUUUCGCAUGACAUCUCGCCCCACGACUUCCUGGAACGUUUUGAACAACAGAGCUGUCCGGUGAUCGUGGAAGGUUGUGUGAAGCACUGGCCCGCCAUGCACUGGUCGCGGGACACCUUGGUUUCACGCUUUGGAGCGGUACCUUUUGCUGCAGGAGCUGCGGAUUUCCCCCUGGAGCUGUGGUAUGACUAUGCGCAAAGCAACACUGAUGAUGUCCCCCUGUUCAUCUUCGACAAAUACUUUGCCUCUCGUGCUCCAGAGCUGCUGAAGGAUUAUGAGGUGCCAAAGAUCUUUCAUGGCCGCGACCUCUUCAACUUCUUGGGCGAGCAGCGUCCAGACUUCCGCUGGUUGCUGAUCGGUUUUCGUCGCAGCGGAUCCAAGUGGCAUCUUGACCCGAACAAGACUUGUGCGUGGAACGCCGUGGUGCGCGGUCGAAAGCGGUGGCUUUUAUUGCCACCAGGCUGCCCUCCACCGGGUGUACAUCCGUCCAAAGAUGGCGCUGAGGUCACCCAGCCGGUGAGUUUGUUGGAGUGGUUUAGCAACUUCUACGAAGAGUUGCAACGUCACGUGGAGGCCAACCCUGCCUGGGAGCUGAAGGAGGGCACUUGUGGAGCUGGUGAUCUGGUGUUCAUUCCGAGCGGAUGGUGGCAUUGCGUUUUGAACCUCGAUGAUGACACCAUUGCGGUGACCCAGAACUACGCCUCGGAGACGCACGUCUCCUCGGUUCGCCGCUUCCUGUCGGAGCGUCGGGACCAGGUGAGUCAUGCCGCGCUGUGCGCCAGUUCACGACUUUCAUGGCAAGGGUAUCAAGCCGAAAGUUGGAAUAUGGAUAUUAGAUGA